UUGCCCGGUGACACAGAUGACGAAAAGACAAGGAACCUCAAGAUGGAUGACCCCACCUUACUGCCCCUUGUGGAUGUGGAUAAAGGAUUUGCUAUUGCAUUGUUCCUGCUCCUUUGCGUGUUCCUCGCCAUGAUGAUCGUACGCUGUGCUCGCCUUAUCAUGGAUCCCUAUAAAGACAUCCCAAAUUCCAUGUGGGAAGACCAGUAGAGGAAAGAUCUUGAUGGGAGCUUAAUGACUUUGACUUUUGGCCUUCUAAUCUCCAGAAUACUGGGGAUCCUGUAUAUACCUUCUUACAUGGUUCCUGUCAGGCAGGAGGAAUAUGAAAGUUACUAUGAAAUCACUGCCUUCACCGGGGAGGAUCAGCAAAGGAUUCCGAGAGUGAAACCUGCCACUUCAGCACUCACUUGACAAGCCAUUACUUUCUCUAAUUUCAUUAGCUAAAUGAGCUGGUUUUUCAAUGAUCAUUCAUUUCUGCGCUCAUCCAUCUUGAAGAAAAUCGCAGUUUUUGUCAGGCUGUUAAUUUAAUGCUCAGAGCCAGUGCACGGGCUGCUGCUCUCAAUAUGAAAAGCCAAUACAGUUCUUUUUAGGUGGAAAUGAUUUAACUCAUUCCAAUAAUGGUUAGGACAUAAAAAGAAAAAGAGAAAACAAAAGGAAUAUAAAAAUGGCAUUACUAUCCAACGUGAGCUGGGCAUAUAAUUAGAACCGAACUGUUAAGGGGCAGCAUGAUAAUUAAAGUGCACUUGUGAUUUAAUAGUAAACAUAUUGCUAUGAAGGGGGCUGGGGAGGUAGACAGUACUUUGCCCUUUCAACGAAGGUUUUCAUGUGUUUUAGAAGUGUCACUUUAAGACUCAUUUUAGUUUUUGGUGUUUUU